AUGAUUGAAUUCUAUUCACCUCGUGUUUAUAAGAAGGUGAUACCUUUCUCAUAUUCAAGCUCUAUUCUGGUUGUACUUUUUUCUAAAACACCUGACAUCUGGAAUUUUCUCAGGUAUUCAAUUUGGUUGGAUAGCAAAUUACGCCUACAGCUUGACCCAAUGCUCAUCUUGGAAUACUUCCUGUGGCGAAAAGGUUAUGAGUAUGCAAUUUCUAAUCACUACGAUCGCCACUGUGUGUGGGAAGAAGUGGCUCAAAAUAAGAAGCUUAACAAGUAUAAUCAUACUAUCAUAGAUGAACAAUUUGCAUUCUACCAAGCCGAUGGACUGAAAAGAUUCAAUGCAUCGGAUCCAAACAAGCUUCUUCCCAGCAAUGUACCUGAAGGGUCCUUCAUUGUAAGGGCCCACACACCUAUGUCAAACUUGUUCUCUUGUCUUUGGUUUAAUGAGGUUGCCCGCUUUACUCCUCGUGAUCAACUAAGUUUUGCAUAUACAUACCACAAGUUGAGAAGGAUGAAUCCUGGAAAACCUUUUUACCUCAAUAUGUUCAAGGACUGUGAGAGGCGAACUGUAGCUAAGUUGUUCCAUCACAGGUCAGAAGAGAAAAGGAAGAUACUUCGACAUGCGACAGAGUAG